GGUCCUGGCACCGACGUCUCCUUCCCCAGGCGCCCGCCCAUGGAGAUCCCCGCGCCCACCAGCCCCGCGGCGAGCUUCCUCCCCUCCUGCCUGCUUCUGGCUUGCGGCACGCUGCUGGCGGCCCUGCUGGGCGCCGCGUACCACUUGGGGCUCUUCCGGCAGUUGGCGCACAAGGUGGACAAGAGCAGCACCCAGCACGGCGGGGAGCUGGUGGCGGCCGUGCUGAGGGCCCAUGGCGUGCGCUUUGUCUUCACGCUGGUGGGGGGCCACAUCUCUCCGAUUCUGGUGGCCUGCGAGAAGCUGGGCAUCCGUGUGGUUGACACCCGCCACGAAGUCACCACCGUCUUCGCUGCAGAUGCUGUGGCCCGUCUGAGUGGGACGGUGGGUGUGGCCGCGGUCACGGCAGGUCCUGGCCUCACCAACACGGUGACAGCUGUGAAGAAUGCUCAGAUCGCUCAGUCCCCCAUCUUGCUCUUGGGGGGCGCAGCCAGCACAGUAGUCCAGAACCGAGGUGCACUCCAGGCCAUCGACCACCUGUCUCUGUUCCGGCCUCUUUGCAAGUUUUGUGCCUCCGUCCGGAGGGUGUGCGACAUCGUGCCUACCCUGAGGGCUGCGAUAGCCGCUGCCCAGUCGGGCACCCCAGGCCCUGUGUUCGUUGAGCUGCCCAUUGACGUGCUGUACCCAUACUUCCGGGUCCAGAGGGAGAUGAUGCCCAGCAAGCCGCCCAAAGACCUCAUGGGUCAACUGGUGUCAUGGUACUUAGGAAAUCACCUGGCCAACCUUUUUGCUGGCGCCUGGGAGCCUCGACCCGAGGGGCCUCUGCCCCUGGAUAUCCCGCAGGCAUCCCCCCAGCAGGUGCAGCGCUGUGUGGAGAUCCUCAGCCGGGCCCGGAAGCCCCUCGUGGUUCUGGGCAGCCAGGCCAUGCUGCCCCCGACGCCCGCUGACAAGCUUCGGGCAGCAUUAGAGACCCUGGGUGUCCCCUGCUUCCUGGGCGGCAUGUCACGGGGACUGCUGGGCCGGAACCACCCUCUGCACAUCCGGCAGAACCGCAGCGCUGCUCUCAAGAAGGCUGAUGUGGUCCUGCUGGCAGGAGCCGUGUGUGACUUUCGCAUGUCCUACGGCCGCGUGCUUAGCCGCAGCAGCCAAAUCAUCACAGUCAACCGGGACCGGAAGGAGAUGCUGCUCAACUCAGACAUGUUCUGGAAGCCCCGGGAGGCUGUGCAGGGGGACGUGGGCUCCUUCGUGCUCAAGCUGGCGCAGGGGCUUCAGGGCCAGGCAUGGGCUGCAGAUUGGGCCGAGGAGCUGCGGCAAGGUGACCGGCAGAAGGAGCAGGACUUCAGGGAGAAGGCAGUGCGGCCUGUCGCCCAGCACCUGAACCCCGUGCAGGUGCUGCAGCUGGUGGAAGAGACGCUGCCUGACAAUUCGGUCCUGGUGGUGGACGGGGGUGACUUUGUGGGCACCGCUGCUCACCUGGUGCAGCCGCGAGGCCCCCUAUGCUGGCUGGACCCUGGGGCCUUUGGGACUCUGGGUGUUGGUGCAGGAUUUGCACUCGGGGCCAAACUCUGCAGGCCUGAUUCCGAGGUGUGGUGCUUGUUUGGGGACGGAGCCUUUGGCUACAGCCUUAUUGAAUUCGACACGUUUGUCAGGCAUAAGGUCCCCGUGAUAGCGCUGAUUGGCAACGAUGCCGGCUGGACACAGAUUUCUCGGGAGCAGGUGCCCGUUUUGGGCAGCAAUGUGGCCUGCGGCCUGGCGUUCAGUGACUAUCACCAGGCAGCCAUAGGUCUGGGGGCCCAGGGCCUGCUCCUCUCUCGGGACAAUGAGGACCAGGUGGUACAGGUACUUCGGGAGGCCCAGCAGCGGUGCCAGGAGGGCCACCCGGUGGUGGUCAACAUCCUCAUUGGCAAAACUGACUUCCGCGAUGGCGCCAUCUCCAUCUAGGGCCACGUGGCCCUGGACCUGCCUGGCUGCCCGGGCCAUCCUGCUGUGCCUUCCGCCCUCUCACACCGAAUAAACCCCCUCCU